AAACCGGACUAAUCAACUUAGUUGGGUUAGUAUUUAAGGCAAGGUGAAUUAAUUAAGAGUGUCUGCAACAUUUGUCAGAUGCGUUUUCAACCCGUAGUCAGAGAAGCUUCUGCAAUUUAAAGACAGAAAGUCUUUGGAUGGUUUUUCCAAGAGCAAUGUCAAAACCAAGAGGUCUUCACGGAGGAUAGAGAGGGGAAGGUAAGAGAGAAAGAAACACGGACAUGAGAAACAUCCAUCAGUUGCCAUCCGCGAAUGUGUGCAAGAGGCAUGUGCCCUGACGGGGUGUCGAACUGGCAACACUUUGCUUUGUGGGAUGAUGCCCAACCAACACACUGACAAUGGACCCUAAAGAGCCUCGUAGGGACACACCCGUGGCUGGUGAACCUGGCAGCCCAGAAGAAAGGCAUCUGUACCGAUUAUCCAGUGGAAUGACAUUAGAAGAAUUCCACCAGUGGCGAGAGGUUCUGAUGAUAAAUUCAACGAUGGCCACGAACCCUUUACUGACAGCAUCAGGGCAGCAAAGGAUCCCACUGGCUCCCUCACCAUUUGAACCUCCGACUGUGGACAGAGACUUAUUGCCUUCCACUGUAGCUCCAACUGACCCACGACAGUUUUGUGUUCCAUCCCAAUUUGGAUCCUCUGUUCUACCAAAUGCAAACAUGCCGAACAUGAUGUCCAAUCGUGUCUAUUCAGGUUGGGGCAUUUUACCACCUGAAUCCUUAAAGGCAGUGGCCAGAAGGAAUGAAAUGAUUCAAAGGCAGCAUACUGCCAGGAUGGAAAUGGAAAUGCAUGCCAUCUACCAGCAAAGAAGAAUAGAAAAAGUGAAUCCCAAGGGAUUAGCAGGUCUAGCAAUUCCAUUCCUCUAUGGCUCCAGUAUCUCAGCUGGCCCAGCCACCUGCCACCGCCGGGCCAUGCUCCCUGCCAGUGACCUGCAUUUACACAGACGCUCCCUGAGAAACCUUCAUGGGAACCCCAUGCUUGUGGCCACUGGUCCACACUUUCUAGAGGGCUGGGGGCAGAAAUGUCCUCAUCUCAGGAGAGGUGCAGGGAAUCAGAAAGUUCUAGAAAGUGAUACUGAAAGUUCCAAAAGUCAAACAGAAGAAAAAUCCCUAGGCGAGAUUCAUGUAAUUCCCUAUAUAGAGGAUGAGUAUGCAAAAGGCCCAGAAAUUGAAGCUCGAAACAAUCAGAAGUCAAGAGAAAUCAACAAAAAGCCACCUGCAGUUCUUGCCAAUGAUUGUGGAGAGAUGGAGCCCACGCAUAGAAAACCCUGGGGAACCCAUGAUACUCGGAUGGAAGCUAAGGCCUGGGACCGUGGGAGACAGAAGGUCUCAGAGCAGUGUUCUGCAGCCCGUGAUGAAAAGAAUGGGGUUUACCCUCCACUUCCUCAACCAUCUCUGUCAGGAACACAUGUGCUGGUUACAAGUGGGGAAAACCCGUCUCUGGAUGAAGAUAUUCAGAAAUGGACCGUGAGUGAUGUGCACGACUUCAUCAGUGGUCUUCCGGGGUGUUCAGACUAUGCGCAGGUAUUUAAAGACCAUGCAAUUGAUGGAGAAACUUUGCCCUUACUGACCGAGGAGCAUCUUCGAAGCACCAUGGGAUUAAAGCUAGGGCCGGCACUAAAGAUCCAAUUGCAGGUGUCUCAACAUGUGGAAAGCAUGCUCUACAAGAAAAGUUUUUCACUUCCUACCCAUACAAAACAAGCAUUUGAUCAACCAGCAGACACAUCCUCUCCUCUGGAUUUUAAUCCCUGGGGUGAUACAUUGGAGAGUACCUGCUCCCAGGAUAUAAUAAUUCCUAAAGGAACUGAGCAAGACAGUAUGAGGAAUUAAAACUCUGAAGAAACAAGAACCGGCUUAGUCAGUUUUCCAAAGAAUCUAGGAUAUUCUGGAGGGUGUGUAAGGGUUUCCCAGGGCCAGAUGGAGGCUGAGAGGGAGAGAAAGCCAGCCCUCCUGAAGUUUCUCGGAGGAGGCCUUGCCCCGGAGGCUUCCGGAAGUGGCCUCAGCACAAAGGGGCUGAAGGCGUAUCCUUGGAAGCACAAGCUAAAUGAAGGAAAGACUGCAAACAUGAGAACAAGCUGCAGGUCAGCGUUUCCAUAAGGAAAACUCGGAAGAAGCCAAAACCGCUGAUACUGAAAGAAAAAAAAGAGCCCUUUAGCCUUUCUUUACUCAUUUCACACUCCCCAGAAAGAGGCAAGGCAGCCCAGUGAAGUCAGAAGGAGCAGAAGAGAAAGUGGAGCACAAAAAACAGAACCAGAGAAGCUGACCACGAGACCCCCUCCCUUCCCCAGUGCAGCCUUCCAGGCCUAAAGCAUCUGCCUGAAGGUAGGAAGGGGCAGACAUUUUAAACUUCAAGUCUUAUUAGUCAGCAUUUUCUUUCUGUCUGACAUGACACUCUGUUAUGACUAAAAAUAACUGGCAGGCUUCUCAUUAUCUGAGAGGGACCUGAAAAGUCAUAAUACCCACCUCAGAUUUCACCCGAGGGGUGGAGUCGAGUUAUCUCUACAAAACAGGUUUGAAUUGGCAAGCUGCGGGGGAGAAGACUAAAGUGGCUUUCUGCAGCAGCGAGCAGCGGUGGAGUUCCCACCCAGCAGAGCCUCCGAAGAGUACCCGUGACACUGAUAACAAGUUUGCUGGAGGGCGGGGGACUGGGAAAUGGGGGGAUGGGUGCCAGGGGUGUGAGGGAGACAUACUACACACCCUCUUACCCAUUUUGAAUUUCUAACCAUAGGAAUGUGUUGUCUCUUUUUUAAUGUAAACUUAAAGAAACUGUAGCAAGCAGCCUCUAAGACAGCCCCCAGUGAUCUCUGCUUUCUAACAUUCCUGCCCUGAUGGAAUCCCUCCCUUUUUUAGUGGGUUGGACUUUUUCCUAAGGAAGGAAAUAUGAAAGGCAUGAUGGGACGUCACUCUGCGGCUUCUGUCUGGGGGGCUCUCUCCCACUCUCUUUGCAAUCCCUGCCCUUGAAGAAGCCUCUAGACAGACAGCCCGGUAGAGAGGCCCAUGUGAUGGACUUGGAAACGGAUCUUCUGAGGGCUGCCAAAAACCGCAGGAGGGAACUAGAAGGAGUCAAGCCUCGAGAUAACUGCAUAGCUCCUGUCCACAGCUUGAAUGGCAACCCUGAGCCAGAGGCCUCCAGCUAAGAUGCUCCUGGAUGCCUGACGCAUAAAAGCUGCGAAACAAUAAAUGUGCUGUUUUCAACCCCUAAGUUGUGGGGUAAUUUGUUUCACAGCAGUAAAUAACUAAACCAAACACAUUGCAUCAAUAAACACACAUAGUACGCUAUGCAUGUUCAUUUUUUCAUUUGGAAGAAAGUGGACUUCUGCAGAGAGUGGGCUUUUGAAGUCAUUCCCCCACAAAUUAUUCUAAUUGGAUGAGCUUUUCUUUCUUUUAUUUUGCAUAUGAAAACAACAGGAUUGUUGACAUUGUACUAUCAAAUAUUCAUAUGACUUGCUAGCUCCAGAGAGCUGGAGACACACACGUGUGCACACACACAGGUAGAAUCCCUUCAAAUUUUAAAAUUUUGAGUUUUGUCACAUGGCCUUCCAACUGCUAUAAUUCCCAGCAUACAGCAGUUUCACAGGAUGCCAAAUGUAAGUUAGCAGAUGCUAUGGUGUGGGUAAAAAGAGAAGCUUCAUUAAUAUUUUUAGAGGCAAAGAAAUCACGAGGUUUAAUCCAUAUGAUGGUUUUUGAAUUUCUUACCUCUGCUAAGUGAGCCAAUUGAGCUGGUAGCUGAUUCACUUGAACAGAUGUGUCUCAAUGUUGCUCUAAGAAAAUAUGCUGAUAUGCCAUCCUGGCAUGUACUGUGAUUAAUUUUAGAUCCAUGCAUAAAAAAAGAACCUGAGGACACAUGUAACUGAGGCCCUCCUCUGCUCUCACCACUCUUCUUUAGAAGAAAAGGAGACAAACUGCUUGUUCAUACUAAGAUUGCUUUUUUUGCGGAGAACUCUAGGAUAUCUUUUAACAAAAGAUCCAAUUUAGUAACAGAACUGAUUUUAGAGGUGAACAUUUUACGCCUAUAGAAGUAGUUUUUAACUUUUCUGCAAAUGCUACUUUAGUGUUGAGCCUACUCUGUGCCCUUUGUGAGAAUUAAACAGCAGCAACAACAAAAACUUCUCUUAUGUUUAAAAACCAACCACAAUAAAUAAAACUGUGUUUUUGCUAAAUAGGGUCUUCUUAGGAUAGAUAGAAUAAAUACAUAUAAUGGAACACUAUGCAACUGUUUCCUCCGUGGAAGUAAUUGUUAAAAAGCAAUACUAGAAUUCAAAUAUCACCAUUUGGCACCUCUAAAAAAUAAAGAAUUUAGAGACUGAUCAUAAAUAGUUGCUGACAUCACCAAAAGAGAAACAAUCAGAAUCAUCUGCCUCCCGAUGAAAGUCCAUGAAACAGUUAUAAAAAUAGUAAAAUCCAAUCUGUGGGAAACUGUAUAGUAGAAAUGACCUGAUAUUUUUCCACAAAUAAGUCACAAGGAAAAACAGAGAAAGGGAAAAGGAAAACCAAAGAUUAAAACAUACUAAAGAUGCAAACGACCCUGAUGUCAAAGUCUUGGAAAUAGGUAGUAGUGAUAGUUGCACAGCAUUGUGAAUAUAACUAAUGCCACUGAACUGUGCACUUAAUAAUGGUUAAAAUCACAAAAUGUAUGAUAUAUAUGUAAAUAGAUAUUUACUACAAUAAAAAAUGUUCAAAUAUUCAAGUCA